AUGGCUACAUGGAGAAUUGGCUCCAUGUACCAUGGUGGUGUUGGUGUACAUUCUAUGCGUCUUUUUUCUUUGUAUACGGGCUUAAGAGGCUCUAUAGACCCACUUCUAGAGGAGGCGGAUAUUGACAAAGAUGGGAAGAUAAGCUUGUCUGAAUUCCGUAGGCUUUUAAGAACUGCAAGCUUGGGCUCGCGAAGUCUGCCUAGUCCAUCUGCCCAUCGAGCUUCACGCCAAAUGUAG